UGUGUCUGUUGUUUAAAAAAGGGGCAGAAAUGAUCCUCGUGUUACUGUUUAGAAGAUAGAUUCAAACAUUCCUCAUUCAUUAUAAAGUUAGUUAUAAAGUUAGUCAUAAAGGUAAUCAAUAGUUUAACUUGUGAGAUGCCGGAGAUCAAAGUGACGCCGCUGGGAGCGGGGCAGGACGUGGGGCGGAGCUGCAUUCUGGUCUCCAUCGGGGGGAAGAACAUCAUGCUAGACUGUGGCAUGCACAUGGGAUACAACGAUGAUAGGCGGUUCCCAGACUUCUCGUACAUCACUCAGAACGGGCGGCUCACUGAGUUCCUGGACUGCGUCAUCAUCAGUCACUUCCACCUGGACCACUGCGGGGCGCUGCCCUUCAUGAGUGAGAUGGUGGGCUACGACGGACCCAUCUAUAUGACCCACCCCACGAAGGCCAUCUGCCCCAUCCUGCUGGAGGACUUCAGGAAGAUCACCGUGGACAAGAAGGGGGAGACCAACUUCUUCACCUCGCAGAUGAUCAAGGACUGCAUGAAGAAAGUAGUUCCUCUCAACCUGCACCAGACCGUCCAGGUGAGACCAGAUCACACACCUGAGGGUCUCCACAGAUCAAUAUCACACACCUGA